UUUCUCCAGCUCCUCGCCGCCGCCGCCGCCGCCUUAGUAGUAGCAGCAGAGGAUAGUAGUAGUUGGGGGAAGGGAGUCCCUGGCGGGCGGGCGGAUGGACGGAGGGGCUGCGGGCGGGAGAGCUGGCCCCUUCCCUUCCUCCCCUCCCCUCCCCCCUCCUCCUCCUCCCCCUCCUUCCCGGCCAGGGCCUAAGCCUACCUCCCGCGCACUGGAGCCCGCCCUGCCUCCUUUCCCUCCUCCUCCUCCUCCUCCUGCUCCCUCUCCCGCUGCCCCUGCCCCUCUCUCCUUCUUCUUCUCCUCCCUCCCUCCCUUCCUCCCUCCUCCUUCUCCUCCUCCCCCUGGCUCUGCUCCUCCCGCUCGCAGCCACAGCCGCUCCAGCCACGCUCCCGAGCAGACACGGCGCCAGGAGGAAGAGGAGAAGGACCCUUUCCCGCCCCGUACGCACCGGUCAUGGCGGGUGUGCCAGCGGGAAGGAGACAGGCCUCGUCUGCCGACGCCGACGCCGCCGCCUCAGAGAGCAAAGAGGAAGGAAGCGAAGCGCGCUCUCGCCGCCUGCCUGCCUGGCUGGCUGGCUGCCUGGUCCUGAAUGCGCAAUGCUGGUGUUAACUAAGCAAGAUAAUGUCAAAAAAGUUAAACUGCAGUUGCCACUGAGUGUCCAGAAUCAACAUCCUCUCUCAACAUACAACAGAGUGGAAUCUGUGUAUUAUCUUCCAAAAGUAACAAAGACGCUACUCACAAAACCAGUGCAAUUCAUAAGAACUGAUGUGGGGAGGUGGGUACAGAUGGCUGGCACAACACUUCAGAUUCAGUGAGCUUUGAAAACUGACCUGAACAGUUCAUUUGGAAGAGCUAGAUGAGGCAUGGUACUGAGGUGAGUAUAAUUGGUCCCUGGGCUAGUUAGCAUCCAGCCUGCAAGCUCAAGUACAACAGCAUGGAGUUGCAUAGGGUAGAAAAUGAAAUUUAAAAAGAUGAUGCUGGUAAAGGUAGAGGGCAGGAGAAAGACAGGAAGACCAGAUGGAUAGACUUAAUCUGGGAGACCAAGGGCCUACUGGACCUGAGCAGAGAGACAGGGGAUAGAGGGGCUUGGAAAUGUUUCAUUCACAGUCACCAUGAGUCAAGGUCGACUGGAAGGCAGCUAGCAAACAAGAAAAUGAAAUACCGCAAAAAGUCCUUCCUAAGACUGUAUAAUUGUGCAACAGAUGUCAAAAUUGAGGGAUCCAUAGCAUAAGGGAUCAAAUUAUACCAGGAGCUGCCAGUAGCAACUGGUGGAUCUCAGUAGAGCAGUGA